AUGCCGUGCGUCCAGGCUCAGUGCGGAUCGUCACCUCAAGGAGCUAGUCCCGCUGCUUCGCAACAGAGCGCAAGCAGCUUCCACGCCGCUGGAGAGCACCACAGCCAUAACUGCGACUUCCUAACGCCCGAGUUUGUCAAGUUUAGCAUGGACCUGACCAACACAGAAAUCACAUCAGCCACUAUCACCAAUCUUCCAAAUGUCGGUGUUUUCGUGGACAGCUACUGUAACAAUUCGAACUAUGACGUCAAACCCCCUUGUCUAUUCCAAAUGCCCCAUCCGGGGGAGCAGUCAUCCAUCAAAGUUGAGGACAUCCCCAUGUACCACCAGCAGAGUCACCACCACCAGCCGCAUCAGUCCGAUGAGAUGGUCACUCCCUCCGGGUCCGUUUACUACAAGCCCCCCUCUCCACACACACAGACAUUCCAGAGUCCACCCAGCCAUGCGUGGGAUGAUUCUGGAUCUCUGUACAGUUUUCACCAGGACUACUUGGCGGUGGCGCACAGGAUGGAGCAGCGGAAAAAUGCCAUAUCCAGAUUAUCCUUGUUUUCUCUCAAGCAUUCCCAAACCGGUAGUCCUUUGUCGACGUGCCAGAUGAGAUUUGACGGAUCCCUCCAGGUGUCCGUGAACCCAGAUACCUCAGGCAGGUAUCAUUGCUUGGAGAGCCAGGGCAUCUUUGGUUCCAGCUCCCUAAGGAAACAGCACAGGGUGGGUUCCCCCUAUUCGUUCCAGCUCGGUCACGGACAUCACUUUAUGGAUAACCAAGCACCGUCGCCUCCUUGCCAAGGAUCACCCACCAACACCGAUGCUUUAUGUGCCGUGUGUGGAGACAAUGCCGCCUGUCAGCACUACGGCGUGCGCACCUGCGAGGGCUGUAAGGGAUUCUUCAAGCGCACUGUCCAGAAAAAUGCCAAAUAUGUGUGUUUAGCUGGGAAAAACUGUGCAGUUGACAAACGCCGGAGAAACAGGUGCCAAUACUGCCGUUUCCAAAAGUGCCUUGUCACUGGAAUGGUCAAAGAAGUCGUCAGGACGGCCAGUUUAAAGGGUCGACGUGGCCGGUUACCCUCCAAACAUAAAAUUCAAGACCCUUUGUCACCUGUCAGCAUCCUUAGCGCGCUAGUGAGGGCCCAUGUGGACUCCAACCCCUCAUUGUCUCGACUGGACUACUCCCGAUUCCAGAAUAAUGCUGACAGCCAAAUCGCCGGAGAUGACACGCAACAUGUACAGCAGUUCUACGAAGUCCUGACCGUCUCCAUGGAGAUUAUCCGGGACUGGGCGCAAAAGAUCCCAGGUUUUACCGAUCUGCCGAGACCGGACCAAGAUCUCCUCUUCGAAUCAGCCUUCCUGGAACUCUUCGUACUGCGUUUGGCCUACAGGUCCAACCCUGAGGAAGGAAAGCUCAUCUUCUGCAACGGAUUGGUUUUGCACAGGCUUCAGUGUAGGCGCGGCUUUGGAGACUGGAUUGACACCAUAGCGGAGUUCUCUGCAAACCUUCAAAGUAUGAAUAUAGACGUUGCAACAUUCUCCUGCAUAUGCGCCAUUGCCACAGUAACAGAGAGACAUGGGCUGAAGGAGCCCAGGAAAGUAGAGGAACUUCAGAACAAGAUGGUGAACUGUUUGAAAGACAAAGUGACUUUUAACGAUGGAAGUGUCAGUCGACCAAAUCACUUGUCAAAACUCUUGGGAAAGCUGCCUGAACUUCGCACGCUAUGUACACAAGGUCUGCAGAGGAUAUUCUACUUGAAACUGGAAGACUUGGUCCCUCCACCUGCAAUAAUAGACAAGCUUUUCCUCGAUACUUUGCCCUUUUAG